AUGCUUACGGAGAUUGUUCCGGGACGUGAAACUACGGAAGAGUUACGUCUACUCAACGACUUGUACGGAACUUGUAAACAGAUGCAGCUACGUGUAUUGGAUUUGAUUCGUACCGUGGGGAACGAAGAAGUAACAUGUUUGUUAACAGUUUCCAUUCAUCCUACUUCCAUAGUUUUCCAACAUUUGUUGCGUAUUACGGGAUUUUCGACUUACAUAUCUAACAAUUUGGUACAUUGGAGACAAACAGUUGUCGUUGAAAACGAACUUCUUGUGAUGAAUGAUGAAUUCAACAGCAUAUUUGAGAAGUACGAGCGAUUUAUGACGAAUCGAAGUGGAGAGAGAGGCGCUGAUGUUUCGUCUGCGUUGCCUGGACCACCAACUGGUGACCUUAUUGAUGUCGGACAAUCAGAGAAGACACUAGGGGAACAGCUUACUGGAAUGAAGGUCACGUCAUCGACGACGGACUCCUAUUCGGCUAAUAGUGAAGCACAGGUUGCUGUCGGCAUUGCAACUGUAAUUAAUAAUAAGGUGACUGAGUCAAAUCUUUCACGAAUAUUCUGCACCGUAAAAGUAGCACUAAUUCAGAAUAACGUUACUGAUGUGGAGGCGCGCGAAAUGGAGAAAUGGUUGGCAGCUCAAGGUCAAAAAGGUUUGUAA